AUGGAUACGCCUCAGUCUAACCAACUUAAUGCGAAAGAGGAAAGCCAAGGUAAUCUUAAGCGCAAACGUGGAGAUGAGGAUGAUGAUGAAGCGAACUGCGAACCAACUCAAGAAGACAUUCGUCUAGUCAUUGCUGCUGCUGCAGGAGACCUAGAAGAAAUCAAAUCUCUUCAUGAAUCUUGCAACGGGGAUAUUUGUUUCCAAGACCCACAAACUGGAAUGAGCGUUCUUAUGGCGGCUGCAGGUGCAGGACAUUUUGAGGUCGUUCGCUAUCUUCUCACUGAAGGAGCUCCAUGGAACGCGGUAGACAAACGGUACCGUUGUGCUGGUGACUACGCCGCCAUGAAUGGGCACCAGAGCAUUGUGGAUAUGAUCAUGGACCACGCGGUUAUGUCUGAAAUGAUUCUUUCCAUUGCAGAGUCUGAGGACAGUGCUGUUGUCCCGUCCAACCUCCCUGCUACUAUGGAGCCGACUUCAUUAAAUGCCAAUUCAGGAAAAUCGGUAGGCGAAGGUAGUUCAACUCCAAGUCUUUUGAACGCUAUCUACCUGGCUAGCCGUCUGGAAUACACCCCAUCUGGUGAUCGCUUGGUGGACACCUCGACUCAACUUGCUGUUAUGAUGGACUGGGAGCGUCCGUUGAUGGCUCGCCACGCUGCAUGGAUAUGCUUCGCCGAUGUGGAUAGUGCAAAUAGACCUCGCAGUCUUCACACACUUAACGUUGGGUUUGGCAUGGGGAUUGUAGAUGAAGAGAUUAUGGGUCAUGCACCUGUAUCACAUACUAUCAUUGAAGCACAUCCGCAGGUUCUCGAAAAGAUGGAAUCCACAGGCUGGACUAAGCGUAGUGGUGUGCGUGUUUGUCGAGGUCGUUGGCAGGAGGUAGUGCCUCGCCUGGAACGCGAAAUUGCUGAGGGUAAAUUAGAACCCUUCGAUGGUGUUUUCUUCGACACCUAUGCAGAGAACGAUUGUGACCUCUCUCAAUUCCAUCACUGUCUGCCGCGCAUAAUGUCACAGUAUCCACGUGCCCGCUAUUCAUACUACAAUGGAAUGUGCCCGGAUAGCGUAUUCUUCCACGGCGUGGCGUGUGAAACUACUAGACUGCGAUUGGAGAGACUGGGCUUUCAAUGUGACUUUGAGCCCAUUUCGGUGAAGGAUGAGGUGGGAAACGCUACAACGUGGAAGAACCUUUCCGGCCGUUAUUGGAACUUCGACACAUACUUCCUGCCCCAGUGCUUCCGUCGCCCAGACAUAUAG